GCCGACCUCCGGUGACCCGAUCUGCAUAAUGAGAUCCGUUCUUGGGUUCGUGGUGCUUAUACUAUGGAGUCGUGUUACCGUCGGUGAGCCCCAGGCCAACCUCCUCCAAGACGGCUGCAGCUUAUUCAACGUCCGCAACGCCUCUGCCUUCGCCGCAACAUUCAACGACACCCUCGCCGACCUCCGCUCCUCCAUCUCUGCCAGCAACUCCUCUCUCUUCGCCACCGUGCACCGCCCCCGCGCCCCGCAGUCCGUCUACGCCCUGUUCCAGUGCCGCAGUUACCUCUCCUCCGCCGACUGCCUCGCGUGCUUCUCCGCCGCAGAAGGCCACAUUCGCCGUUGCGGUGCCGCCCACGGUGGCCGGGUCAUCUACGACGGCUGCUUCCUCCGCUACGAGAGCACCCUCUUUUUCGACCAGGUGACGCCCUCCGAGAACAGGAACUCGUGCGGCGUCCGCAACGCAGCUACCGGAGGAUUCACCGCCUCGGUGAGGUCGCUGGUGGCGGAUUUGAGCGCUGCCACGCCGAGAAUCCCGAAGUUUUUCGCGGCGGCGGAGAGGGAGGGAGUGCUCGCUGUGGCGCAGUGCGUGGAGACUGUGAGCGAGGAAGGGUGCGAGCAGUGCCUGGCGGCGGCGGUCGGCAACGUGAUGCGGUGCCUGCCGAGCGCCGACGGGCGGGCGCUGGGCGCCGGAUGCUUCAUGAGGUACUCCGACGAGUCCUUCUUCCCGGCCAAUCGAACGGUGGAUCUGUCGCCUUACUUGACGAAUUCAGGAAGAGCGAAAUCGAGCAAUAAGGGGGCCCUAAUUGGGGAAGUUGCUGGAGGAGUCGGCGGCCUGUUGCUUCUUCUAGGGGUUAUUAUAUAUCUUCUGAGGAUCAGAAGAUCUAGAGAUCAACGAAAUCUUUCUGAAGGAGAUUCAUCAAGGGGAACCAAAUUUCAGGGUCUUCUAAAUUUCCGUUACAAGGAUCUAAAAAAUGCUACAAAUAAUUUCAGUGAAAAAAAUAAAGUUGGAGAAGGAGGAUUCGGAGGUGUGUACCAGGGUCACCUUAAAAAUGGGACAACGGUUGCUGUAAAACGGCUAGCAAUCGCUCAAACCAGUAGAGCCAGAGCUGAAUUUCAGAGCGAAGUGAAGCUCAUUAGCAAUAUUCAUCAUAGAAAUUUAGUCCGUCUGCUUGGAUAUUCUAGCAAACACGAAAAUUUUCUUCUUGUCUAUGAGUAUAUGGCAAAUAACAGCCUUGACAAGUUCAUAUUUGGCGACAAACGUGGAUUCCUCAAUUGGGGGCAGAGAUUUGGCAUAAUUGUUGGGAUGGCUCGCGGUCUUUCUUAUUUGCAUCAAGAAUUUCAUAUUCGUAUCAUACACCGUGAUAUAAAAUGUAGCAAUAUUCUACUUGACGAUGAUUUCCAGCCAAGGGUUGCAGAUUUUGGGUUGGCACGACUUCUGCCUGAGGACAAGACUCACCUUAGCACUGUAUUUGCAGGCACUUUCGGAUAUACAGCACCUGAAUAUGCAAUUCACGGACAGUUAUCUGAAAAGGUUGAUACAUAUGGCUAUGGCAUUGUUGUCCUUGAAAUAAUCAGUGGCCGGCAGUGCAAUGACCUCAAACUCGAACCUGCUACUCAAUAUAUUCGUGAUUGGGCCUGGAAAUUAUACGAACAAGAUCGGUUAUUGGAGAUGGUGGAUGAAACCAUGGAUCCUAAUGACUAUUCACCAGAAGAAGUUAAAAGGAUCAUUAAGAUUGCUCUUCUCUGCACCCAGUUUACGGUUGCUGCAAGGCCAACCAUGUCAGAGACUGUAGUUCUGCUGCUGAGCCAAACUGAUGUGGCUCUUCAGCUAACAAGACCUGCAUUCAUAGAUGCCAGCGAAAUGAUUGAUGAAGAAGAAGCUGUUGAAUGAUACUAAUUUAUAAUCUUUGACUUACCAACCAAAAUCUAAUUUCAUCACAAUACUCUAAAACUGCAUUAGAAAGAAUGGUCACAGAAUGGUCAAGGGAAGUGAAUAAGUGUUAUGGAAAAUUAUCUAGAGUUUAUUAUUGACUAGCUUUAAUGUACUCUAGACUUCAUUUUGCACUAUAAAUAGGAACCUGUAAGUAAGCAAGUAAGAAAAUUAAGAAAGCAAACUGUAAAGAGUGUGAUGAAGUAACUCUUCCAUUU